AUGACGUUCAAUUCAAAGAGGAAUCGUACGACGAACAAAAUCACGAAGAAGAACACACCGAGAAGAAGUUCUCGUCGACUCUCGUCAACGUCAUCUUCAUCGAAAAGAAAGAAGAACAUCGUCAAAGCUUCUGUGUCGUCGUCAUCGUUCUCAAAAACCAACCUUCUCGAGGACGUUUUCUCCGAUUCAGAUUCUCGACCGGUAAUAUUAUUCGACGGCGUGUGUAACUUGUGCCACGGAGGAGUGAAUUUCGUUUUGGAUACGGACAACACGCCAGACGGCGCGUUACGGUUCGCAGCCUUGCAAUCGGAACUAGGAAAAACGUUAUUAGAGAAAGCUGGGAAGAGACGGGAUGAUAUCAGCUCGAUAGUGCUGGUCGAAAAAGGCGAAGGACAGAGCAACAACAACAACAACAACAACGAGUUAAAAUUCUAUUUCAAAUCGGAUGCGGUAUUAAGGAUCGGCGCAAAACUCGGGAACUUUUACGGGAUACCGUUAUCUCCGUUUGCGAAAGUUGCGAAUGCGUUUGUGCCGACAUUUAUACGGGAUACAGUGUAUACGGCGGUAGCGAGUAAUAGAUACAAUUUGUUGGGCAAGAAAGACGAAUGCAGAUUCGACGCGGAUGGGAAGUUUGACGAGCGCUUUUUGACGUGA